AUGAAUUGCUUAACCAACGCUGAUACCCCAGACUGGAUGACAUUGGGACGCACGUACCUGCUCAGAAAGGACCACUCCAAAGGACCCAUCCCAGGCAAUUUCAGACCUAUUACAUGCUUAUCAGCUAUGUGGAAACUGUUCACUGGUCUAAUCUCAGAUUCCAUAUACAACCAUUUAGACCAGCAAAAACUCCUCCCAACUGAGCAGAAAGGGUGCAAGAAGAAGAGCAGAGGAUGUAAAGAACAGUUAAUGAUAGACAAACUCAUUCUGAAGAACUGUAAACGAAGGAAGCGGAACCUGAACAUGACGUUUAUAGACUACAAGAAGGCGUAUGAUAGCGUCCCACACUCCUGGAUUCUGUCUUGUUUGACCAUGUGUGGAUAUUCUCUGGACAGAAAAGAUGGACCAAAAGUGUCGCAUAGGCUAUACAUGGACGACCUCAAGUUGUAUGCCGAGAGUGAAGACGAAAUGCAAACACUGGUUAAUACCACAGCAGAGUUCAGCAGUGACAUAAAAAUGGAAUUCGGGCUAGAGAAAUGUGCCGUGGUGAAGGUGAAGAAGGGAGCAAGACCCGUUUUCGAAGGCAUCUCCCUACCCACAGGUGAACAGAUCCAUGAGUUGGAGGACGAGGGCUAUAAGUAUCUGGGAAUACUAGAAGCCAAUGAUAUACUACACAAAGAGAUGAAAGCACUGGUUACAAAAGAAUAUGGAGCUGGAAUUCUCUCAUGGAAUGCUGGAGAGACCAAAGCCUUAGAUGUCAAGACCAGGAAACUGAUGAGGAUAAAUGGAGCUCACCACCCUCAAGGAGAUGUUGAUCGGUUAUACGUAAGCCGUCAACUGGGUGGCCGUGGGCUACAUAGUAUAGAGGAAGUCGUAAAGAGAGAGGAGAAUGCACUCACCACUUAUGUGGUGAGAAGUAGAGACCCAGAACUGAUUGCUCUGAAGGACUACUUUGUCAAAGACAAGAUACUCUUGGGUGAAGAGAUAGAGAAAGAUAUCGACCGAACACAACGCGAGGAAAUCCGCAAGGAGAAGUGGACUGCUAAAGUGAUGCACGGACAGUUCCCAAGGCAGAUGAUGGGUAUAGCGGACCCGUUAACCUCUUGGAACUGGCUCACUCAACAAGACUUGAAGAAGGAGACAAAAGGAUUGUUGAUAGCAGCCCAAGACCAAGCACUUAGGACUAAUUAUGUGAAGCACAGGAUUGACAAAACACCUGGCUCUUCUCCCCUCUGCAGACUCUGCAGAAAUCAUUACGAGACAAUAGACCACAUACUGAAUGGGUGCCCAAAACUUUCACAGACAGAAUAUAAGUGUCGGCAUGACAAAGUAGCUGCCGCAUUGCACUGGAGUCUGUGCAAGGAAUACGGCUUCCCACGCAGUAAAAGGUGGUACAAACACCGGGCAGAGAAGGUGCUGGAGAACGAAAAAGUCAAGAUAUUGUGGGACUUCCAUGUCCAGUCGGACCACGUUAUCGAACACUGCAGACCGGAUCUCCUCCUGGUAGACAAGGUAACCAACGCAGCAACCAUCAUUGACGUUGCAGUCCCAGGAGAUACCCGGAUCCUGGAUAGAGAACAAGAAAAGAUACUGAAAUAUCAAGACCUAAAAAGAGAAAUUAAGAAGAACUGGAAUUUACGAAAGGUCACAAUCAUUCCUGUGGUGAUAGGCGCAUUAGGAACUAUCACCAUUAACUUUCGUAAACACCUCGACGCAGUCCACUGCAAUCUGAGCAUCUCUAAUCUCCAGAAGACAGCUUUGCUUGGAUCAGCCAGAAUUCUCAGGAUGGUCUUAGACAUAUGA